AUUAAAGAGAAGAAACCAAAGCUUUCAUUUUUAUGAAUAUUCAAGGGUAAAUGGUUAGCAAAGGAAUGGCAUCAAGCUCUUGUCUCAAGCAAGGGUCAGUGCCAAUGAACAAUGUUUGUGUUACCCCUGAAGCAACGUAUGAGGCUGUGGUUGCAGACCCUAGGCUUUUCAUGUCUUCCUUGGAAAGGCUGCACUCUCUCUUGGGUACUAAAUUCAUGGUUCCAAUCAUAGGAGGAAGAGAUUUGGACUUGCACAAGCUUUUCGUUGAGGUAACCUCUCGUGGUGGAAUCAAUAAGAUACUUAAUGAAAGGAGAUGGAAAGAAGUAACUGCUACAUUUGUCUUUCCUCCAACGGCGACAAACGCAUCGUAUGUUUUGCGCAAAUACUACUUCUCGCUGCUGAACAAUUAUGAGCAAAUCUAUUUCUUCAGAUCUAAUGGCCAGAUUCCUCCAGACUCUCUACAGAUCCCAUCUGCUAGACCAGGCCUUAUGCAUGGAACCAUUAGACCUGCACAAGAACUUCAAGCUCUAACCUUUACCCCACAGCCCAAGAUCAAUUCUGUAGAGUUCCCCGGAGGACCUGUUGCUGGAUCAAAUGUGAUUGGAGUGAUCGAUGGAAAAUUCGAAAGUGGUUACCUUGUAACUGUAACAAUUGGAUCAGAGCAGCUUAAAGGAGUUCUGUUUCAGCUUCUUCCUCAGAACACAGUUGCUCAUCAAACUCCGCAACAGAGUCAUGGUGUUGUCCCCAACACUUGGAACAAUUCUGCCAAUCCCCAGGGGGUUACGGGAGGAGUAACAAAACGCCGUAGGAGAAGAAAGAAAUCAGAGAUUAAAAGACGUGAUCCUAAUCAUCCAAAACCUAACAGAAGUGGCUAUAACUUCUUUUUUGCAGAGCAGCACGCGAGGCUGAAACCGCUUCAUCCUGGUAAGGAUAGGGAUAUCAGCAGGAUGAUUGGUGAGCUAUGGAACAAGCUGAAUGAAGAUGAAAAAUUGGUUUACCAAGGGAAGGCAAUAGAGGACAAAGAGCGAUACAGAACUGAAAUGGAAGAUUACAGAGAGAAGCAAAGGACUGGACAGCUCAUAAGCAACGCUGUUCCGCUGCAACAGAGACUUCCGGAGCAAAACGUAGACAUGGCUGAAGCUGAUCUUCCAAUAGACGAAGUCGAAGAAGAUGAGGAAGAAGGUGAUUCAAGUGGUUCCUCAGGCGAAAGCGAGCCACAUGAUGAUCAGAGCAUAGAAACUGAUCCUGAAUUGGAAGAGCCAUCUCCGAAUCCCUCAGGUCCAAACCUAAACCCUAAUCCGACUGAGAUAGUGAUGGCUCCUAAGGAGAAUAACGGCGAUGUUGUGAUGGAAACAUCUCCAGUGAAGAAAGCCGAUGAGCCGACUGUGGCGGUGACUGCUGAGCAGAACUGAAGAUUCUUCUCUUAUUUCUUAUUCGAGUUGCCAGUUUUCGUGUUCCAUAGGUAAAGGUUAGAGAGAGGAUAGGGCUUCAGAUACCUUAC